UCGUUACGUCACGGGCUCGUCCACGGUGCUCGGAGCUGGACAUUUACCAUCCACUCAUGCGGCUGCACGUUUGAGGAGACACGUUUGAGGAAAAUUUAGGAUUUUUUUGCCACUCAUUCUAUUUUAGUUUGGCACGUUGGGGGAGCCGGCGUGUGUGUUUGUGUGUGUGCAAGCUCGUGGUGGUGGCAUGGUGUUCUGAGAGCCAUACUGUGCAUCAUGUUUGAAUGCUGAGCACCCUUUAGAAUAUUUACAUGACGGUGCUGCUUCUGCAGCGCCUAGUCUAGCCUCACUGGGCUUUCCAUUUAUCCCCCUCCCAGAAAAGGCGUGCGGGACUGAGGGUGCAGUCGAACGCACCCGGAAUCAUUGGAGCUGGGGUUCGGAUGAGGCGCUCGAUCGGACUACUUUGGCGUUAGAGAUCCAGCCAAGUUUCCCUCUGCUCCUUUUCUAAUAGCAGUGCCGUCCGGCAUUGCUCAGGAGAUGGCGAUGAGCUUGCUCUAUGUAGGAUUUCUACUCAGCCUGGGGGUCAUCUCUCCGAACGCUGCAGCAGCCGUAGCUCCCAAAACAGACGACCACCCCAAGACUUGCAGUCCUAAGCAGUUUGUGUGCAUGGACCAGGAGACAUGUAUCUCCAAAGGCUGGCGCUGUGACGGGGAGAAGGACUGUCCAGAUGGAUCAGAUGAGUCACCAGACAUCUGCUUGCACAACAAGGUGAACCAGUGUCCCGUCAAUGAACAUGGCUGCUUGGAUGCCGACGUUUGCCUUCCUAUGAGCAAACUUUGUGAUGGAGUACCAGACUGCUCCGAUGGCUGGGACGAGGGCCCUCACUGUAGAGAGAGCGCUCUGGCCUGUGCCUCCCAUGGGUGCCAAAUUCAUUGUGCCGUGACUCACGAUGGACCCAAGUGCUACUGUGGCAAUGGCUAUGAGGUGGCUGCAGAUGGAAAGACAUGUAAAGAUUUCAAUGAGUGCAGUGUGUAUGGGACAUGUAGUCAGACGUGUAAGAACACUGAGGGAUCCUAUACCUGCAGCUGUGUGGAGGGCUACCUGCUGCAGCCAGACAACCGCUCCUGCAAAGCCAAAAAUGAGCCAGUAGAUCGUCUUCCCAUGUUGCUGAUUGCAAACCUCCACGACAUCCGCUGUACCUCUUUGAGCGGCUCCACAUCCAGGCUGCCUUCCAUUGCCACCAAGCAGACCAUGGCAAUGGACUUCAUCUAUGCCAAGGAGACCGUCUGCUGGAUCGAUGUGGGUGAAACACCCGCAGCCACGCAGCUGAAAUGUGCCAGCAUUCCUGAUCUCAAGACAGUCACAGACAUCCGCACCAUCAACAUUUCCAUCACCUUGCACCAUGUGGAACAGAUGGCUAUCGACUGGCUGACCGGAAACUUCUACUUUGUGGAUGAUGUGGACGACUGGGUGUUUGUCUGCAACAAGAACGGCCAGACGUGUGUUAGCUUGCUGGACCAAGAACUGUACAACCCUAAAGGCAUCGCCUUGGACCCGGCUAUGGGAAAAGUCUUCUUCACUGACUAUGGGUCCACUCCAAGAGUGGAGCGCUGUGACAUGGACGGUCAGAACCGCACAAAGCUGGUUGACACCAAGAUUGUCUUCCCACAUGGUAUCACACUGGACCUAGUCAACCGGCUGGUAUACUGGGCUGACGCCUACCUGGACUACAUUGAAGUGGUGGACUAUGAGGGCAAGAACAGACACACCAUCAUUCAGGGCCUGCUGAUUGAACACCUGUAUGGGCUGACUGUGUUUGAGAACUACCUGUACGCCACCAACUCAGAUGAAGGCAACCUCAAUCCCAAGACUAGUGUGAUCCGAGUGAACCGCUUCAACAGUUCUGACUUCCAGGUGGUGACGCGGGUCGACCGAGGCGCCGCGCUGCACGUGUACCACCAGAGACGGCAACCACAAGUGCGUAGCCAUGCGUGUGCUAUGGAUCAGUUUGGUAAGGCUGGAGGUUGUUCUGACAUCUGCCUACUGGGCAACAGCCACAAGACGCGCACGUGCCGUUGCCGAUUUGGGUUCAGCCUUGGCAGUGAUGGCAAGUCUUGUAAAAAACCAGACCACGAGCUGUUCUUGGUGUAUGGAAAGGGUCGCCCCGGAAUCAUUAGGGGAAUGGAUAUGAAUCCAAAAGUACCGGAUGAAUACAUGAUCCCCAUUGAGAACCUCAUGAACCCUCGAGCUCUGGAUUUUCACGCCGCCAGUGAAUUCAUCUACUUUGCUGAUGCUACCAGCUACAUUAUUGGGCGACAGAAGAUAGAUGGGACAGAGAGAGACACCAUACUAAAAGAUGGUAUCCACACAGUGGAGGGGCUGGCGGUGGACUGGAUGGGAGGCAAUCUGUACUGGACAGAUGAUGGGCCUAAGAAGACUAUCAGUGUUGCCAGACUGGAGAAGGCUUCUCAGACUCGGAAGACUCUCAUUGAGGGCAAAAUGAGCCACCCGCGUGCCAUUGUAGUGGACCCCCAGAAUGGAUGGAUGUAUUGGACCGACUGGGAGGAGGAUCCGACUGAGAGUAACAGAGGAAAGAUCAAGAAAGCCUGGAUGGAUGGCUCCCAUCACCAAGUGUUACUGACUAGCAAGACAGUCCUGUGGCCCAAUGGUUUGAGUCUUGACAUUCCUCAGGGUAUACUAUACUGGGUUGACGCCUAUUACGACCGCAUUGAGAUGGUUUACCUUAACACAACUGAACGAAAGGUCGUGUAUGAGGGCCAGGAGCUGAUCCACGCCUUUGGUUUGUGUCACUACAAACAAUUCCUCUUCUGGAAUGAGUACCGCGGAGGUAGCAUCUACAAGCUGGACACUAUCACUAAGACAGUCACGCUGCUCCGCAAUGAGAGGCCGCCCAUCUUUGAGAUCAGAGUGUAUGACGCUCACCAGCAGCAAGGAACCAAUGUAUGCAGAGUUAUGAAUGGGGGAUGCAGCAGUCUAUGCCUUGCCAUCCCUAAUGGCAGAACAUGCGCUUGUGCUGAUGAUCAAAUCCUGGAUGCCGAUAAUGUCACCUGCAAAGCCAACCCCUCCUACAUACCACCGCCAAAGUGCCAGGCCGGGGAGUUUGCCUGCAAGAACAACCGCUGCAUCCAAGAGCGAUGGAAGUGUGACGGGGACAACGAUUGUCUGGAUAACAGCGAUGAGGCCCCUGAGCUUUGCCACCAGCACACCUGUCCGGCGGACCGAUUCAAAUGUCAGAACAACCGCUGCAUCCCUCUGCGAUGGCUAUGUGAUGGUGACAAUGACUGCGGCAAUGAUGAGGAUGAAUCAAACACCACCUGUUCUGCUCGCACAUGCCCACCAAAUCAGUACCCUUGUGCCAGUGGCCGUUGCAUCCCCAUCUCCUGGACAUGUGACCUGGAUGACGACUGUGGAGACCGCUCAGACGAACCAGACUCAUGUGCCUAUCCCACAUGUUUCCCUCUCACCCAGUUCACCUGCGCUAAUGGCCGCUGCAUCAACAUCAACUGGCGGUGUGACAACGACAACGACUGCGGGGAUAACAGUGAUGAGGCCGGCUGCAGUCAUUCCUGCUCCAGCGUGCAGUUUAAAUGCAACAGUGGUCGCUGCAUCCCAGAAUACUGGACUUGUGAUGGCGACAAUGACUGCGGAGACUACAGUGACGAGACACAUGCCAACUGUACUAAUCAAGCUACUCGUCCCCCAGGUGGCUGCCAUGUGGACGAGUUCCAGUGCCGUAUGGACGGUUUGUGCAUCCCCAUGCGUUGGCGCUGUGAUGGUGACACCGACUGCAUGGACCUGAGUGAUGAGAACAACUGCGAAGGUGUCACUCACAUGUGCGACCCAGCCGUCAAGUUUAGUUGCAGGGACUCAGCUCGCUGCAUCAGCAAGGCCUGGGUGUGUGACGGUGACAGUGACUGUGAGGACAACUCGGACGAGGACAACUGCGAUGCACUGGUGUGCAAAUUGUCUCACCACGUGUGCGCUACUAAUGACUCCAUUUGUCUUCCUGCUGAGAAGUUGUGUGACGGCACUGACGACUGUCCAGAUGGUUCUGAUGAGAAGCUCUGUGACUUGUGUUCACUGGACAACGGCGGUUGUAGUCACAACUGCAGUAUCAUUCCUGGAGAAGGCUUCAUGUGUUCAUGUCCCUUGGGCAUGGAGCUGGGAGCAGACAACAAAACCUGCCAGAUCCAGAGCUUCUGUGCCAAACACCUCAAAUGUAGCCAAAGGUGUGAGCAGGAGAAGUCUAGUGUCAAGUGCUCCUGCUACGAGGGCUGGGAGCUUGAGGUUGACAUGGAGAGCUGCAAAAGCACUGAUCCCUUCAAGCCUUUCAUCAUAUUUUCCAACCGUCAUGAGAUCAGAAGGAUUGACCUGCACAAGGGAGAGUUCAGUGUCCUAGUGCCAGGCCUAAGGAACACCAUCGCCUUGGACUUUCACCUCAGUCAGAGUACUUUGUACUGGACUGAUGUAGUCGAGGACAAGAUAUACCGUGGGAAACUGUCAGACAAUGGAGCUCUGACCAGUUUUGAGGUGGUGAUCCAAUAUGGGCUGGCGACUCCCGAGGGCCUGGCGGUGGACUGGAUAGCAGGAAACAUCUACUGGGUGGAGAGCAAUUUGGAUCAGAUUGAGGUGGCCAAACUGGAUGGCACCAUGAGAACAACCUUGCUGGCUGGAGAGGUGGAGCACCCCAGAGCCAUCGCCUUGGACCCCCGUGAUGGUAUUCUGUUUUGGACAGACUGGGAUGCGAGUCUGCCCAGGAUCGAGGCAGCGUCUAUGAGUGGUGAGGGCAGACGCACCAUCCACAGAGAGACGGGCAACGGUGGAUGGCCCAACGGACUUACUGUAGAUUAUAUCGAGAGACGCAUUGUCUGGAUUGAUGCCAGGUCUGACGCUAUCUACUCUGCCAUGUAUGAUGGCUCAGGACUGAUUGAGGUCUUGCGCGGUCACGAGUACUUGUCCCACCCCUUUGCUGUCACUAUGUACGGAGGCGAGGUUUACUGGACUGACUGGAGGACCAACACUCUGGCCAAAGCUAACAAAUGGACUGGGCACAACGUCACCGUAGUCCAGCGCACUAACACACAGCCUUUUGACUUGCAGGUGUAUCACCCAUCUAGACAACCACAGGCUCCAAACCCAUGUGCAGCCAUUGAUGGAAAAGGUCCUUGCUCUCAUCUUUGUCUCAUCAACUUCAACCAAACCUUCUCCUGUGCCUGCCCUCACCUCAUGAAGCUGCAAGCUGAUAAACGCACAUGCAAAGAGUCCCGCAAGUUCCUUCUUUAUGCUCGCCAAAUUGAGAUCCGGGGUGUGGACAUCGACAACCCUUACUACAACUACAUCAUCUCCUUCACUGUGCCGGACAUAGACAAUGUGACAGCAGUGGACUACGAUGCGGUGGAGCAUCGAAUCUAUUGGUCAGAUGUCCGAACGCAGACCAUCAAAAGAGCGUUCAUCAAUGGCACAGGCGUGGAAACUGUUGUCUCGGCAGACCUUCCUAACGCUCAUGGGCUGGCAGUGGACUGGGUGUCCAGGAACCUUUUUUGGACCAGCUAUGAUGCCAAUAAGAAGCAGAUCAAUGUGGCCAGACUGGAUGGCUCCUUUAAGAAUGCCGUCAUUCAAGGUUUAGACAAGCCUCAUUGUCUGGUGGUGCAUCCCCAGUUAGGGAAGUUGUACUGGACCGAUGGUGACAACAUAAGCAUGGCCAACAUGGACGGUACCAACCACACCACACUCUUCAUCAACCAGAAAGGACCAGUUGGCCUUUCCAUCGACUAUGACAAAGAGCAACUGUACUGGAUCAGCUCAGGAAACGGCACCAUUAAUCGCUGUCAGCUGGACGGAUCCAAACUAGAGCUCUUGGAAGGCGUUAAAGGCAAACUCACCAAGGCCACAGCAUUGGCUAUAAUGGGAGACAAGCUGUGGUGGGCAGACCAGGCAUCUGAUCACAUAGGAACAUGCGACAAGAAGGAUGGCGGUAACUGGAAGGUUUUGAGGAACAACACUUCUUCUAUGAUGCACAUGAGGAUCUAUGACGAGGACGUACAGAAAGCGAGUGUCAAUCUAUGUAGUAACAACAAUGGAGACUGUUCCCAGUUGUGUUUGCCCACCUCGCCAACCACAAGGGCCUGCAUGUGCACUGCUGGUUACAGCCUCAAGACAGGACAGCAGUCCUGUGAAGGUAUGGGCUCUUUCCUGCUUUACUCUGUCCAUGAGGGAAUUAGAGGAAUUCCGCUCGACCCAGCCGACAAAUCUGAUGCCUUGGUGCCAGUGUCUGGCACCUCUCUGGCUGUCGGCAUCGAUUUCCAUGCUGAGAAUGACACCAUCUAUUGGGUGGACAUGGGCCUGAGCACCAUCAGCAGGGCCAAGAGAGAUCAAACAUGGAGAGAAGACGUGGUCACCAAUGGCAUCGGCAGAGUGGAGGGCAUUACUGUUGACUGGAUUGCAGGAAAUAUUUACUGGACUGACCAGGGCUUUGAUGUGAUUGAGGUGGCCAGGCUAAAUGGCUCCUUCCGCUAUGUGGUCAUCUCCCAGGGCCUGGACAAGCCCAGAGCCAUCACUGUCCACCCUGUCAAAGGGUAUCUGUUCUGGACAGAAUGGGGUCAGUACCCCCGUAUUGAACGGUCUCGACUGGACGGCUCUGAGAGGUUAGUCUUGGUCAAUGUGAGCAUCAGUUGGCCCAAUGGGAUCUCCAUCGACUACACGGAGGGGCUGUUGUAUUGGUGCGAUGCCAGAACAGACAAGAUUGAGCGCAUCAACCUAGAGACUGGAGAGAACCGAGAGUUGGUGCUUGCCAACAACAACAUGGAUAUGUUUGCAGUCUCUGUGUUUGAGGAUUACAUCUACUGGAGUGACAGGACUCAUGCAAAUGGCUCCAUUAAAAGAGGAAAUAAAGACAAUGCCACAGAUGCAGUCCAGCUCAGGACUGGCAUUGGUGUACAACUAAAAGAUAUUAAAGUCUUUAACCGGGCCAGGCAGCAAGGCACCAACGUCUGCAAAAACAGCAACGGUGGCUGUGAACAGCUUUGCCUUUUCCGAGGCAACGGGAAGCACACCUGCGCCUGCGCUCACGGCAUGUUGGCGGAGGACAACCGCAGUUGCCGCGACUACGAAGGCUACCUUCUCUACUCAGAACGCACCAUUUUAAAGAGCAUCCACUUGUCUGACGAGACAAACUUGAAUGCGCCGAUAAAGCCAUUUGAAGACCCCGACCAUAUGAAGAAUGUCAUUGCCUUGAGCUUUGACUACCAUGGGGGCGGAGGGAGGGGAGCCAACCGCAUCUUCUUUAGUGACAUCCACUUUGGCAACAUCCAGCAGAUCAACGAUGAUGGCACGGAUCGCAAGAUUGUGGUGGAUAAUGUCGGUUCAGUGGAGGGCCUGGCAUACCACCGCGGUUGGGAUACACUCUAUUGGACCAGUUACACAACGUCCACCAUCACCCGCCACACUGUGGACCAGAGCCGCUCUGUGGCCUAUAACCGCAACACUGUGGUCACCAUGUCUGGAGAGGACCACCCCAGAGCCUUUGUGCUGGACGAGUGUCAGGAUCUCAUGUUCUGGACAAACUGGAACGAGCAGGCUCCCAGUAUCAUGAGGGCUUCCUUGAAUGGGGCCAAUGUGCUCGCCAUCAUCGGCAGUGAUAUUAAAACUCCCAAUGGCUUGGCUAUAGAUCACCGUGCAGAGAAGCUCUACUUCUCUGAUGCCACCCUGGACAAGAUCGAACGCUGUGAAUACGAUGGAAGCAGCCGAUAUGUUUUGUUGAAGAAUGAGCCUGUGCAUCCGUUUGGCCUAGCUGUGUAUGGAGACUACAUCUUCUGGACAGACUGGGUGAGGAGGGCAGUCCUUAGAGCUGACAAGUACACAGGUGGAGACAUGAAAGUGCUGCGAGCUGACAUCCCGCAGCAGCCGAUGGGAAUCAUUGCUGUGGCCAAUGACACCAACAGCUGUGAGUUUUCUCCUUGCCGUACAAAUAACGGAGGCUGCCAAGACCUGUGUCUGCCCACAUCUGAUGGGAGGGUCAACUGCAGUUGCCGUGGAGACAGACAACUUCUGGAAGACAACACCUGCUCUUCACUGAACAUGUCAUGUGGGAGUGUGGAUGACUUUGAGUGUGGCAAUGGGGAUUGCAUCAACUAUAGCCUGACUUGUGACGGCAUGGCCCACUGCAAGGACAAGUCUGAUGAGAAGCAGUCCUACUGUGCCAAUCGAAUUUGUAAGAAAGGCUACAGACGCUGCAUGAACGGUCGCUGCAUUGGUCACCAGUUCUGGUGUGACGGUACAGAUGACUGCGGCGACCACUCGGAUGAAAUGCCCUGCAACAUGACUCUGUGCAAAGUAGGGGAGUUCCAGUGCAAAGAUGGCAGCUGUAUCUCCAACUUCAGCCGCUGUGACCAGGUGGUCAACUGCGAGGAUGCUAGCGAUGAAAUGAACUGCCAACCCACAGACUGCUCCCGUUUCUUCCGCUUGGGAGUGAAAGGCGCUUCCUUCCAGAGCUGUGAGAGAACCACUCUGUGUUACCUGUCCUCAUGGGUGUGUGAUGGAAACAACGACUGUGGCGACUUCUCUGAUGAGAGAAACUGUCCAGAUAAACGCAAGCUUAAAUGUCCAGUCAACUUUUUUGCUUGUCCCAGUGGUCGCUGUAUCCCGAUGAGUUGGACUUGCGAUAAGGAGAAUGACUGUGAGAAUGGAGCUGACGAAACACACUGUGGUCAGUCGGAUGUUCAUUUCUACUGCACUGCAAAGUCAUGGUCCCCAUUGUCUUUAAUAAGCAGAAACACUUUGUUUUCCUUUGCAGACAAAUUUUGUACAUCCACCCAGUUUGAAUGUGGGAACCACCGCUGCAUUUCCAGCCAUUGGGUGUGCGACGGUUCUGAUGACUGUGGUGACGGAUCAGAUGAGAAUGACAAAUGCAAAUCCAAAACCUGCAGUCCUGAGGCCUUCCAAUGUCCGGGCUCUCAUAUGUGUGUGCCGCAGCGCUGGAAGUGCGAUGGAGACAAGGACUGUCCUGAUGGAGCUGAUGAGAGUGUCAAGGCUGGUUGCUUGUACACGAACAACACUUGUGACGACAAUGAGUUCAUGUGCCAGAACAGGCAAUGCAUUCCCAAACACUUUGUUUGUGAUCAUGACAUUGACUGCGCUGAUGGCUCAGACGAGUCUCCAGAAUGUGAAUAUCCAAAUUGCGGUCCAGAUGAGUUCCGAUGCGCCAACGGCCGCUGCCUCAACCAGAAGAAAUGGGAGUGUGAUGGAGAGUUUGACUGUCAGGAUCGCUCUGAUGAAGCUCCCAAGAACCCACGAUGCACUGACACAGAGAGGUCGUGUAACGAGUCAGCGUUCACGUGCCGCAAUGGAAGGUGUUUGAAUGACACUCUGCUGUGUGACCGCAAUGACGACUGCGGCGACGGCUCAGAUGAACUCAACUGCUUCAUCAAUGAAUGCCUCAAUAGUAAACUGAGUGGCUGCUCUCAGCUCUGUGAUGACCUCAAGGUUGGCUACAAGUGCAGGUGCCAUCCUGGUUUCCAGCUGAAGCGGGAUGGGAAGACGUGCGUGGACGUGGACGAGUGUACCACCACCUACCCUUGUUCUCAACGCUGUAUCAACACGCACGGCAGCUUCCAUUGUCUCUGCGUGGAUGGCUUUGAAGUCAGCCCCAAUGACCCCACUAUCUGCAAAUCCACAUCAGAGGAGGAGCCCUACUUGAUCUUUGCUAAUCGAUACUACCUGCGAAAGCUCAACCUGGAUGGUUCUAACUACACUCUUAUAAAGCAGGGUCUGAACAACGCUGUGGCACUGGACUUCCACUAUGCAGAGCAGAUGAUCUACUGGACUGACGUCACCACCCAGGGCAGCAUGAUCCGACGCAUGCGAAUGAACGGCAGCAACAUGGAGGUGUUGCACCGCACCUCUCUGAGUAACCCAGAUGGUGUUGCUGUGGAUUGGGUCGGUGGCAACUUGUAUUGGUGUGACAAAGGCCGGGACACCAUCGAAGUCUCCAAACUUAAUGGAGCCUACCGGACUGUGCUGGUUAACAGCGGGCUGAGAGAACCUCGUGCUGUGGCCGUGGAUGUGCGCUACGGGUACCUCUACUGGUCUGACUGGGGUGACAACCCCCAUAUUGGAAGAAUUGGCAUGGACGGCACCAAUAGAAGUGUCCUAGUAGAAGAUAAGAUCACAUGGCCUAAUGGUCUGACCUUGGACUUCAUCAAUGACCGCAUAUACUGGGCAGAUGCCCGAGAGGAUUACAUUGAGUUUGCCAGUCUGGAUGGCACCAGCAGGCACACAGUCCUUGGCCAAGACAUCCCGCACAUCUUCGCCAUGACUCUCUUUGAGGAGUACAUCUACUGGACAGACUGGGAGACGAAGUCCAUUAACAGAGCUCACAAGACUCUUGGGACUAACAAGACCACCUUGAUCAGCACCUUGCAUCGGCCCAUGGACAUCCACAUUUACCACCCCUAUCGCCAACCUGAGGUGCGUAACCACCCGUGCCAGACAAACAAUGGCGGCUGCAGUAACCUCUGCCUCCUCUCUCCCGGAGGGGGCUACAAAUGUGCCUGCCCCACCAACUUCUAUCUGGCCAGUGACCAGCGCACUUGCAUGUCCAACUGCACAGCUAGCCAGUUUGUCUGCAAGAAUGAUAAGUGCAUUCCUUUCUGGUGGAAAUGCGACACAGAGGACGAUUGCGGUGAUCGCUCAGACGAGCCCGCAGAUUGUCCUGAGUUCAAGUGCAGACCGGGCCAGUUCCAGUGUGGUACAGGCAUUUGCACGAACCCUGCAUACAUAUGUGAUGGAGACAACGACUGUCAGGACAAUUCAGAUGAGGCCAACUGCGAUAUUCAUGUUUGCCUGCCCAGCCAGUUCAAAUGUUCCCACCCAAGUCGCUGCAUCCCAGGCAUCUUCCGCUGUAACGGCCAAGACAACUGUGGAGAGGGAGAGGAUGAGAAGGACUGCCCUGAGGUCACAUGUGCACCCACCCAGUUUCAGUGUGCUAUCACCAAACGCUGCAUCCCUCGUGUUUGGGUGUGUGACCGUGACAACGACUGUGUGGAUGGAUCAGAUGAACCCACCAACUGCACCCAGAUGACCUGCGGUGUGGAUGAGUUCCGUUGUAAAGACUCCGGACGCUGCAUCCCGGCCCGCUGGAAGUGCGACGGGGAAGACGACUGUGGCGAUGCGUCUGACGAACCAAAGGAGGAGUGCGCUGAGAGGACGUGUGAGCCGUACCAGUUCAGGUGCAAAAACAACCGCUGUGUGCCGGGCCGCUGGCAGUGCGACUACGACAACGACUGUGGCGACAACUCGGAUGAAGACAAGUGUGUGCCUCGGCAGUGUUCCGAAAGCGAGUUUGCCUGCACAAAUGGCCGCUGCAUCGCUGGGAGGUGGAAGUGCGACGGAGAUCACGACUGCGCUGAUGGUUCUGACGAGCAUGGAUGUGCUCUCAAGUGUGACAACGACCAGUUCCAGUGUAAGAACGGACACUGCAUUCCUAUCCGCUGGAGGUGUGAUGCUGACCCGGACUGCAUGGAUGGUAGUGAUGAGGAGAACUGCCACACUGCUGCUGGUCGUCACUGUCCUGCGGAUGAGUUUCAGUGUAACAACACUUUGUGUAAACCUCUCGCCUGGAAGUGUGACGGAGAGGAUGACUGUGGGGACAACUCUGAUGAGAAUCCGGAAGAGUGCAGGAAGUUCCAGUGUCCUCCCACCAGAGCAUUUCGUUGCCAGAAUGACCGCGUAUGUCUGCAAGUGUCCAAGAGAUGUGAUGGCAUCAAUCACUGCGGCGACAAAUCGGAUGAACUGAAUUGUCAGGCCCGUGCAGCUGUUCCUACUUGUGAGAAAGACCAGUUCUUGUGUGCUAACGGAAAAUGCAUCAGUGCCACUUUACGUUGUAACGUCUUUAAUGACUGCGAGGACUAUGGGUCUGACGAGAUCAACUGCAAGACAGAAACCAAACUAAAUGACUGCAGGAGUAACAGGACACACUGUGGUGAUGGCGAUGAGGCCCACUGUGUCACCAAUGGCACAGACGCAUUCUGCUCUUGUAAACCCGGCUUCCACAAAACAGGACAUCGCACAUGUGGAGACAAGAAUGAGUGUCUACAGUUCGGCGCAUGCUCCCACAUCUGCAACAACACGAAGGGCUCGUACAAAUGCAGCUGCCAUAAGUACUUCACAAGGAUCAAUGACACCUGCAAAGCUGACAACAUGAACAGCAGUCAGCAGGUUCUCUAUAUAGCCGAUGACAACGAAAUCCGCAGCCUGGAUCCUGGCAUGCCCAACUGGCGCUAUGAACAAACCUUCCAGGGAGAUGCUAGUGUGCGGAUUGAUGCGAUGGACCUACACGUUAAGACCAACCGCAUCUUCUGGACCAACUGGCACACAGGCCGUAUCUCCUCUUAUGAACUUCCUGGACAGUCUACAUUGUCGUCAUCAUCCAAUUCCCACCGUAACCGAAGGCAAAGCGCAGGCAGGAUCACCAACCUGCAGAUUAAAGAGCUGAAGAUGCCGCGAGGUAUAGCCGUGGACUGGGUUGCUGGUAAUCUGUAUUGGACUGACUCUGGUCGAGAUGUAAUUGAAGUGGCUCAGAUGUCAGGUCAGCACUGCAAGACCCUCAUCUCUGGCAUGAUAGACGAGCCUUACGCUAUUGUAGUGGAUCCACAGAGAGGCACUAUGUACUGGGCAGACUGGGGGAACCAUCCCAAAAUUGAGACAGCUGCCAUGGAUGGAACGCUGAGGCAGACUCUUGUCCAUGAGAACAUUCAGUGGCCAACAGGUUUGGCAGUGGACUACUUCAACGAGCGACUUUACUGGGCAGAUGCAAAGCUGUCAGUCAUAGGAAGUGUUCGACUGGAUGGUUCAGAUCCUGUCAUUGCUGUCUCUGGCCUCAAAAACAAUCUGGCCCAUCCAUUUAGCAUUGAUAUUUUUGAGGAUUACAUAUAUGGAGUCACGUUAGUCAAUAACGUUGUUUUCCGGGUCAGCAAGUUUGGAAAAAGCACCACGGAGACUCUCACCACAGGCAUCAACCACGCUACUGACAUUGUCCUGUACCACCGAUACAAGCAGCCAGAAAUGACUAAUCCAUGUGACAGGAAGAAAUGUGAGUGGCUCUGUCUGCUCAGCCCCAGUGGACCAGUGUGCACUUGCCCUAACAAGUACGUAGCUGACAAUGGCACCUGUGUGGAGAGGUCAAGCCCGACCCAGUCGCCAUUCUCUCCCCCGUCAGGCACCUGUGAUAUUCAGUGUCAGAAUGGAGGGAGCUGCUUCCUGAAUGCCCGUCAGGUGGCCAAGUGUCGCUGCCAGCCCAGCUACACCGGAGAAAGAUGUGAGAUCAACCAGUGUAGGGAUUACUGCAAGAACGGCGGCACCUGCACUGCAUCUCAUACAGGUGCUCCAACGUGCAGAUGCCCCAAAGGCUUCACAGGGCCCAACUGCAACCGUCACACUUGUCAGGACUACUGCCAGAAUGGAGGCAACUGCUCAGUCAACUCUGGUAACCAACCAACGUGCAGCUGCCCAACAGAGUACCAGGGAGACCAGUGCCAGUACAGUAAAUGUGAAGGCUUCUGUCAGAAUAGUGGAAUGUGCUUACAAACCUCAAACGGCACCAAACUGUGUCAGUGCUCCAGCCAAUAUAUUGGACACCAGUGUGAGCUGAACAAGUGUCUGUUCUGUGGCACUGGCCGGUGUUUGACGUCAUCCUCGGGGGAGGUGUCCUGCAGCUGUCCCAACGGUCAGACCCAGCCCAGCUGCUAUACCUGCUUGAACUACUGCACAAAUGGACAAUGUACAGUUGACACUCGCACACUGUUGCCUCAGUGCAAGUGUCCUGUAGGAUGGAGGGGCUACAGGUGUGAAAUUGAAGCUUCUUCUGUGGAUUCCUCCACCUCCAGUGGAAGCACAGUCUCCAUCGUGGUCCCAGUGCUUCUUCUGCUCGUUUUGGCACUGCUGGUGGUUGCCGCCAUCUUGUGGUACAAGCGCAGAAUGCGAGGAUCUCUAUGGCCGGGCAAAUCUCGUUCUCAGUGCUGGCGGGCCAAGGGCUUCCAGCAUCACCGCAUGACUAAUGGUGCCAUGAAUGUUGAGAUUGGCAACCCCGCCUACAAAAUCUAUGAGGGAGACCCUGAUGAUGAUGCUGGGGAGCUCCUGGAUUCGGACUUUGCUUUGGACCCAGAGAAGCCCACCAACUUCACCAACCCCGUGUACGCCAGCCUGUACAUGGGCGCCCACAACAGCAACAACUCUCUGGCCAGCACAGAUGAAAAGAAGGAGCUCCUCUCCCAGGGCGAUGAGAGCAUGAGCGACCCCCUGGCGUAGAGGCCUCGCAUCCCCCCCACCCCCUGCCUGAACUGUGCCAGCAUCGCCCUGCCCGACCAGUGCUGAGCCAACAAGCUCUCUCAUCUUUAUGCCUUUACCACCUGAAAAGAAAAGCAACACAGAAAAACACACAAAAAAAAUCUGGAACACUGUAAAAAUGUAUAAAAUGAAGGACUACUUUUCUAAGUGAUUGCAGUAUUACGUUUUGUUCUCUGACGACAAGAAAAAAGAUCAUCGGGUGAUGAAAACGAAAGCAUUUUAUAGACAUUUACUCAUUCAUUUUAAAAUGUUGCUCACCUCCCAGCAGUUCUCCCUCCUCUCUUUCUCACUCAUAUAGCCUCUACCUCUGUGCAAAUGUAAAAGAUAGAGAUAGAAAUUGCAGUGGAACAAUUUUAUUUAAUUUUUUUUUAUUUUUGUAUGACUUGUAAAGUUGGGAAAGGUAGGAAUAUUCUUCCAUCCUAGAAGACAUUGCCAAUUUAGUUCUUGUGCGGUGGAUGAGGUCUUGUUUGCUGCUGGAGGUCCAACUCGGAACAGAUGAGAUGUUUUUUGUUUUUUUUCUCCUGCACACAACAUGAACAUGUGGAGGGCGUAGCAUUGUCCUGCUACAUUCAAGUGAUUGUCUUUCACCUCCUUGCACAGACUAAAGUUAUAUAUAUUUGCAUAUAGAUGAUACAGUACACACACACACACACACAUACAUAUAUAUAAAGAUAUAUAAACAAAGUGUCUUGAAAGUAUACCCAGGAACAUCAGUAACAAAUAGCAGUCUGUACUUUUUAACAGUUUUUAAGUGUGUGAGUGCUGGAUGAUGAUGAUGAUGAUGAUGAUUGUAACAAAGUCCACAUUCCAGGAUGAAAUGUCUGGGAUGGACACUGUGGCCUUGGUUUACUGCAGGACACGCUUGGAAAGAAGGCAGAUUACAGUAUGUUGGGACGGUUCUUUGCUCGAGUGACGACAAGCUUGUGAGAAAUAAUUAGCCGAAAAUUGUUGCAUUGAGUUUUUUUGGUUCCUUCUCUUUUGACCGCAACUGUACUUUGAGGAAAGGCCGGGGUGAUCAUUGAAUGGUACUUCCAUGGGAGAACAUCUUUUCUCUCUUUUUGUUUUUUGAAUUAUGUGUAAUUACGUGGACAUGCAAUUUAGGUUAAUGCUCACAGUUAAGUGCAUUCCCAAGAUGGAGACUGAUCAGCUUCCUGAUAAGCAUUCCUUUGUUAAAUCCUUUGCUAUGCUGCUAAUGCUAACCAUCUGUUUGUUUUAAGAAUGUUCUUCUCGCUGUGUCGCACUGUUGGCCGCACAGCUUUAACGGUCGUGGGCCCUAAUCUGCCAUAUAACUCUGCAUGGUGCUCACACAUACACACAAACACACACACAUUCUCAGUCAUUCUAGAGGAAUAGUUGUUUUAGCCCUCAGCUUUUAACAGUUUUUUUUUAAGCAUCUGAUCAUGUAAAUUAAAACAAUCAUCUUACAGUUGGAGACAUGUAUUGGCAAAAACCCACAUGGAUACAUGUGGUUCUGAUUGUUUUUAUGAUUCUAUUUCUUUUUGAUAUAAGAAAUUAAAUUGAUUUUUAUAGUAGAAAUGUACAGUGGCUCAUGUCUGUCAUUUAGAGAGGCAAAAGGGGACAAGGGUGACAUUUCUUGCUGGAAAACACCAGAAUUUGACCAUUAAAAAAAUAAAAUAUGAACAUGGAGAAAAUG